AUGAUGAUAUCAUCAAAAUAUGAAGAAAGUUAUCCACCCGAGUUGGAAGAAUUUGCCUACAUCACUGGCGACAUUUAUACGGCUGAACAGGUUCUUCAUAUGGAGCGCAUUAUUUUGAAUGGACUGCACUUUGAUGUCGGAACUCCGACCUCGAAAUGGUUUGGCGAUCGACUUGCCGGACAUCAACGUGCUACUCGAAAAACCGUCAACGCAAUGAAUAUACUACUCGAUCUAAUGCUGCUCGAGGUCGAAUAUCUUGCCUAUCGGCCGUCGUAUAUUGCAGCUGCUUGCCUUGGCUAUGCGAAUGUUCUCACAGGACCUAAACCAUGGUCGACCGAAAUGGAGCACUGGUCAGGUAUAUCUAUCGCAAAUAUCACCACAUUGCUUCGCGAUGUGCAUAACACCUUCCGAUUGUCCUCCACGUCAAAAUUCCGGUCCAUACCUCAACGAUAUGGUAAAUCUGAAUUUGACUGCGUCGCCAAUCUCCCACUGCCAACCAGACUCCCCUUAUGAUGAUCAGUAUUUUUGACAACUUGCCAUCAUUGUUUUCGAGAUCUCAUUCAGAAUUCAGACUUCCAUUAAGUACGCGGUAGACUAUGCCAUUUACCUUUACGAAAGCUAAAUAAGAAAGAACCUGCGCACUUUAACUUUUUUCGAAGUUGUACAAAUCACCGUAAUUUCGUGUGUCUUUCGUGACCUACUAACCCUUUGAACACCAAUCAGGUAUGUAUCAUAUGUGUCUAAAACGACCAAUUGUGCUUAAUUUAACUAUGGAUGAUAUUAUGAUAUAGAUAUUAUGCUUAAUUUGCAUGCUGUGGAAAGGAAAAAUCAUAAAAGUUUCAUGUGAA